UACUCUAAUUAGUUUCCUUCUCAUCCUCACUUUGUUAGAUUCAAUUUCUUCAACAGCUUCCGCUUAUGGCAUCUCCAUGGAUUCAAAUGCUACUCAACCUCUCUCAUGCAACUCUGGCAGCUCCAAAAUCUGCCCUUCUCUCCUAUACCAAAACAACAAUCUCACCACAGAAAAGAUAGCGUCUUUAUACUUAGUUAGCUCAACAUUUGUAAAACCCAUUAAUAACGGAAAGAAAAAGGAUUACCUAGUCUCAGUGCCCUGUUCUUGCAAAGAGGUUAAUGGAACUCUUGGUUCAGAAAUCGGUUACUUCUACGACACUCUCUACCAAGUGCAACAUGGGGACACUUUCGAGAAUGUCGCCAUACAGGAUUACAGUGGACAAGCCUUGGAGGUUGGAGGUGAAAACAAUACAUAUAUUGCUGGAAAAAAUGCCACCUUACAUAUUUUGUGUGGAUGCGUUGCGAAAGACUCGCAAGUUGUGGUUACAUAUACGGUUCAAGAGCAUGACAUAUUAUCUGAUAUUGCAAUUCGACUAUCAACUACAGUCCAAGCAAUUCUUGACCUGAAUACGCUUGUUAAAGAUUCUGGGUUCAUUGAACCCGGUUGGGUUUUGUUUGUACCAAUGGAGAAGAAUGGCAUACCUCCACCAGAUGCACCAACUCGUGGUAGGAGGAAAGAGAGACAUAAGUGGAUGAUAAUUGUCAUCAUCUUGUCAAUUGUAGCACUAUUUUCACUAUGUGCCUUGGUCACAGUCCUAGUUUGGAGAAACAAGUGGAACCCAAAAAACAAGGAUCCGAAAUCUGUUAUGGCAAAGAAUGCAAAUAAAUCUUAUCCUUUGCAAGAUCCAUACCUGCACAAAGUAAAGACAGAAGACCUCACAUAUCUUGAAGCAGAUAGACCUAUAACCUACAGUCUUGAGAAGAUUGGUGAGGCAACAAGUAACUUUGAUGAUUCAAGAAGAAUAGGAUCUGGAGGGUAUGGAAGUGUAUACUUUGGGGUCAUUGGAGACCAAGAAGUAGCAAUAAAGAAGAUGAUGUCUACUUUGUCCAAGGAGUUCUACGCAGAACUUAAGGUCUUAUGUAAGAUACAUCACAUCAAUGUGGUGGAGCUUCUGGGUUAUGCCACCAGUCAUGAUCAUCUCUACUUGGUUUAUGAGUUUGUUCACAACGGAUCUCUCAGUGAUCAUCUUCAUACUCCCUUGUUAACUGGUCGGCCACCACUAUCUUGGACUGCUAGAGCACAGAUAGCGCUGGAUUCUGCCAAAGGCAUUGAAUACAUUCAUGAUCAUACAAAAUCCCAGUAUGUGCAUCGUGACAUCAAGACGAGUAACAUUCUGCUUGAUGAAGCCCUUCGAGCAAAGGUAGCUGAUUUUGGAUUGGCAAAGCUUGUUCAAAGAACUAAUGACGAUAACCUGGUUGCAACUCGCUUGGUUGGAACUCCGGGAUAUCUUCCACCUGAGUCUGUGAAAGAGCUACAAGUGACUACAAAGACGGAUGUUUUUGCUUUUGGAGUAGUUCUAGCAGAACUUAUAACAGGUCGUCGUGCACUUAGCCGAGAUCAAAACGAGCCCAACAAAACAAAAUCCCUCAUUACCAUUCUAGGUGACAUUUUCCAAGAUGAAGACCCAGAAACCGCAUUGAAGUCAAUCAUAGAUCACAAUCUUAACGAUAGUUAUCCGAUAGAGGAAGUGUGCAAGAUAGCAGAAAUUGCUGAAUGGUGUUUGAGUGAGAAGGCAACAAAUAGACCAGAGAUGAGAGAAAUAGUAGUGGUGUUAUCAGAAAUUAUGUUAUCCUCAUUAGAGUGGGAAGCUUCACUAGGGGGGACAAGUGGUGUUUUUAGUGGGCUUUUCAACGGAAGAUAA